UCCAGGUGACGGCGCCCUUGGAGUGCGGAACUGCCUGCUCGCGCGCCAGCAGUGCGCCGACGACCCCUCCUGUCGAUCUGUGCUCGAGAUCAUUCCACGGGUGUGCGGACCCGAGAACGUGGCGUGUUCAACGGUGACGGUGAACAAGUGUCUGGCGGCCCUGCGCACGAUCCAGGGCUUCCCUUACUUCCAGCCCACCUGCCUGUGCCGGGAGCCCCACCUGGACCGCGAGUGCAACGUCUUCAGGGAGUUCCUCUUCGACCAUCCGUGCAUGUUCGUCGAGAAUAAAGGUCUCCUUGGUGAAGAUUGGACGGUCGAUGAUAUGGUUAAAACAGGUGUUAUAAGUGCAGACGAAUCUCCUUACACGGUGCACGCCCUCCCUCUCUGCGAGUACGCCCUCAACGCCUGCGAGCUCCUGCCGGGGUGCAUCACGCUCUACGACCAGUUCCUCGAAGACUGUCGCGUCAAGGAUGGCCAGUGCAGGAUGAAGAACGCGAACAAGUGUUUGAAUUCCUGGACGAAGCUGAAGGCGUCACCAAUGUUCGGCUGCAUCUGCCCGACCGACCAACAAAAGCGGAAGUGCCAGCAGAUCUAUCGCAUCGUCCACGACAACCCCUGCGUGGAUACGUUUCCUGUCUCCUCUGCACAUCCUUCCCCAGGCCAGGGCGGUGCGGGGUUGUGGGGAAUAGUUCUCCCCCCACCCCCCACUCCGCGCCAACCCUACCCCUACCCCCCACACAAACGGCCUCGCCCCCCACACACCCGCCCUCGCCCCCGCCCACACUUCCCCUGGCCACCCACUCCCCUGCCCCCGCAUGUCACCUUCAUAACGGCAGAGCCCCUGCCCGCCUAUUCGGCCCAAACGCACAAUGUUCUCACCGUAGACCGGCACACAACACGGACUCCCGGUAACUCUCAUGGGUCAUUUGCAGUCAGCGCUAUUCCCCGCGAUAACUCGUCCCUCGACGCCAUGGACACUCAGAUCCAAACCCCUCUCGUGGAAGGCGACGAGGGAGGCCACCGCCAGAACGAGACGCGAGUCGACGGCUUGCUGGGCAGUGAGCGCCCUCGCUACCCCGACGACCCUGAUGCAAGUAACACGUACGCCUCGCCGGGUCCGCUGCCGGUGCUGCACUCCACCUGCCAGACGGCGCUGACGGACUGCCUCGCCGACAUCAGCUGCAGGAGGCUCCUCGACCCCGUGCUGGCCCGCUGCGACAACGACGAGUGCAACAGAGAGACUUGCAUGAGCGAGUUGCAGACUUUCUACCGCAAUGUCCAGACGCGAUGGGGACACGAGGUGGCGUUUUGCCUUUGCAAGAAGAGCAGCACGACGGCCAACGAGUGCCUGAAAGCCCAGGAGAAGCUCCACCCUGCUUGUGCACGUAGGCCGGCCGGGCAGGUCCUCAUGCUGUGCAACCGACUCGCUGAAACGUGCAAGGAGGAUGAUAGUUGCAGACACCGCCUCGAGUUCUACGAGCAGGCGUGCGCCGUGGACAGCGACACCCGCCGCUGCGCAGGCCCCACAGCCGAGUGCAGACGCGCAGUGUUGGGUAUUCUGGGCACGCAGCUGCGCAACCUCUGCACCUGCGCAGCUACGGGACCCAGAGAGACCUACACCUGCAUAGACUGGCAGCGGAUCCUCUGGUUCAACCCUUGCGUCGUGGAGGCCCAGACGGACUACCACCGGGACAUGCUGAGCACCCUGGACCCUCGGGAGGAGCUCACGACCAGCCCCAACAUCGUGUUCACGUCCAUCGUCACGACGGGCGUGAUCAGCGAACCGGUGCAGAGCAACGGCAAUCCCUCAGGCACGCGGCCGGUGGUCAUCUACCCUCCGUCAGGCACGACUUCGACGCUGCCCACGCGCGCGCCCAGGACGACCACCACCUCGACGACGACUACGACCACCACCACCGUCCCACCGAAGUACUGCGUGAAGACCCACGGCAACAGCGAGAAGGUGGACUACAUCAUGGAGGGCGGCGGGAGGCGCUACUACAAGAGCGAGGAGGAGUGUUCGGAGCUGUGCAUCUGCCACGCCGACGAGAAGCUGGCCUGCAGCGUCCUGGAGUGCGUCGAAGCCAAGCCCUGCGAGACCGACUUCGCCGUCUACGCCCACGCCGCCCCCGCCUACCAGGCCAUGCGCGGGGAGUGCUUCUGCUACUCGGGCUCCUUCAUCUGCGUCAGGCCCGAGCAAAAAGAAUACGAGGUGGACUAUGGAGUUUACCUGUUCCUUGGCUACAGCAAAAAGGAGGAGAAGUUACUGAAGCCUUACACCAAAACUGCCUCGCUGGUUGACGCCGCCCUGGUCAAGCUCGGCAAGCUGGUGCGAGACACGGCGGAGAUUAUGAAUGGCACGGCGUGCAAGCUGGAUCUGAUCGAGCACAUCGGCGAGAACAUCAUCCUCCAGGCCACGCUCGAGGAGUUCGACUACACUCGGGAUAACAUGUCCGCGAUCAUGCUUCACAAGGAGAAGGAGGAGUGCGAGGACUCGGUGACGGAGGUGAAGAACAUGAUCAACGAGCACGACCCCGAGAUCCGCGCCGACAUGGCCCUGUCUCUCCUCAUCCUGGCGGAGGUGCAGGUGCGCGUGCCCCCGCUGCCCGCCGCCGCCGCCAUCGCGCACUGCCCGCCCCUCGUCCUUCUCGCCACUCUCGCGCUUGCCGCCCUGGCCGCGGCGGAACACAUGCUGUUGGCCUCGUGAUAGAAGUGGCUGCCUAUGCUUGCAGUUUAUUAGAGAUGCCUAGGUAGCAUUUUGUUACUGAGUUGUGCAUGCGUCAAGUGCAUGCUGAGCCCAGUCGCCCACCCGGGCCGUGCGCGUGGUUCACGUGGCCAGUAGCUUCCAUGAACCUCCCCUUUAUACUAGUUUUGUACCGCACCGUGACGCCCCCGAGGCCGUGCCCGCGCGAAGGCUGCCCCUGCGCCCUCACUGAGCCCCACCCUGAUGCCCGGCCCCGAGGGAGGCGGGCAGGCAGCUGGCGCAGGGGCAGCAGCCUGCUCGGCAUUACCAACUCUUUUGUAUUGUCGUUUAUUUACAAGUCGUGUCGCGGCAUCUCGGUGCCGGAAACAUGUGACGAGAGUUGACGAAAGCGAUGGUCGAGGGAGUACCAGUUGCUAGAGUGAUGGUGGCAACGCUCACUGCCUUACUGUACCAUUCCCCAGCGAGCCAGGGGCGCCGGAGGGCCUCCCCCGGGCCCCGCGGCUCCUGUUCACGGUGGGUUCCUGGCCCCGCUGCUGUUGGCUGCCCGCCCACCCCAACCCACCCCGCCCUACACACUUCUACAACGCCACCAGUCACCAGCUUGCAGGGGAACCAACACAACUCUUUCUGCUGCAUUCAAAUAAAUAUCACGGUUGCCUUACAGAAAGUUUGAAGUUUAUAAUAUGUGGUAAAUAUUUCAGUAUUUUUUCUCUUGUUUUGUACAUUUCAUUUUUUAUUGUGGUAAAUGAUGUACACUGGAAAGGGAGCUCAAAGGUUGUGUACUUUUCCUCUGAAGUUGGUCAUUACCGUCCAGCUUGUCGGAAUGUGGACUCGCCCAAGUCUUGGGAAACUCCAAUGUGUCGAAGUCAUGACAAUAAGUGUCAUAUUGGCAAGAAAUGUUAUAUAAACAAGACUCUGGAGUCCAAGCCAUCAUAUUAUUUUAUUGAACUUCUGGCAUGUUUUUUUCUCCUUCAAAGGAGUGUUCGUCGUCAGUCUAGGCACUGGCGGACCGACUGAAUGUGCUUUGUAGUGCAGUUGGUGACGUCAUGGCAUAGCCGGAAUUCGUGCACUCUGCAAAAAACAUGCCGUGUAAGUUCUCUAGUUCACCAUGCCCUGUCUAACUUGACGUUGAAGUCCAUUCUUUUCGUGUUAUUUCAAGUUCACUGUUUCAAGGGCGUUACUUUUUUCUCUCUUGAGUUUGCAAGAGAAUCGAUGCCCCGGGACGCUAGCACACAGGCCGACCAACAGCGUGUGCUUUCCUUUUUUCUCUAUUUUUCUUUUUUGGUUUUAGAAGGGGACUCGUGCAUACUUUCUGGCAUCAUUGCUCAACUCUGUUGACCCUAAUAUCAGCACAGUGACAAGCCCUGGACAUUCUACUUUUAACUACUGUGCUAUCCUCUUGUCUUUCUUAGUUGCUACAAAGAAAUAUGCAUAUCAUCAAUAUUAGUAUUUCACCUUUAGGUAACUAAGAAUGGUAUUCCAUUGACUCUGGGGUCAAACAGCUAAAUGAAAUGGUUAAUGGUUAUUCAGAAAUAGUAUAUUUAUUCUGAUGCUGUCUGUGACUGCAUUGUUACACAUGCCAAUUGAACAUCACUUUGCGUUUCAUAUGAUAUUGUUGAAUACUGAUUAUGUGAUUUAGCAUAGUUUUCUUCUUUUUUUGGUGAAAUAAGGAUAUAUUGAUAUUUGAAAAAAAAGAGCACGAGUUAUAAGUACUGGUAUACAUUUAUCUAGUUACAGGAUUUGAUAGAUUUAUCUAGUUGAUAAAUAUAACAUAUCAUCAUCUAUUGCUUAGAUUCCCUUUGUUUUUCUAACAAACUAAUCAUCAUUUGUAAAGCGUAGUGUUGACUCAUGUUUUUGUUAGUGGAUAAUAACUUAAUUUAGGGAAUGUGCAUUUUUUAAUCAGGCACAGCCCUUACUUUAUACGAAAUUUCUACCUUUACAAUGGUCGUUCAUUUCUAUUUCAUAUUUAGAUCAAGCUCAGAAAGUAUGCAGUGAAGGGGAAAAAAAAUCAUUCAUAAAAUAUCAUAUUUCUGCAAUCUUGUGUUUUGUAGUUAAUAAAAAAUAAAAAAAAGAAGACUUAUAAAGACUUGUUUCCUCUCAAUCGCAGUUGUGGUUCUUCAGUCUUUCGUAUCAUUAUUAUUGUUAUGAUGAUUCUGGCUAGCAUCUUAGGGAUGUACAUGAUCUUUGGGGAAGAGACGCGAGAAAAUGAUUUCUGUAUCAGGUGAUCCGCCCUAGUGUUCUUGUGGGGACGACUAGGACCACUGUAACUACUUCUGCUGGUAUUUAGACCAUUAGAACUUUGAUAUUUCAAAAUAAAAAAUGUGUAUCAAUGAGAUAUGUGUCAGAACCACUUCACAUGCUAUAUGUGUUGUACAGUGUAUAUAUAAUUAGGAGAGGUAUAAUAAAUAUAUUGAAAGGUCUAGUAGGGUCAGAAGCUAAUAAUAAACUCAGUAUGAAGAAAGUGUUCCCUUCUAUACCAAUUUCCGUGAAUGUUAUUCCUAAGUAAAGCAAGUUGUUGUUGAAACAGCACAAGCAUUUAUGAAGAGAAAAUUGCAGAUUAAUGUUUGUAUAUACUAUAAAUAUUGUUAUGUACAUCACAGUGUACAAUUUCAGGUUGAACUGUUGUCUAAGGUUUUAAAAAUCUAUUACUCCUCCUCCUCUCGAAAGCUGUUUCACUCCAUUAACUUAAGUUUCACCUCUCAUGGCGUUCAUCUGGUGUUCUCAGAGUUAGAACUUUGGUGUAAAAGAAAGAUCAGCUCUUCAGAUAGGUGGUCACCGACUGUUCCUAGCACAAGAAGCUUCCUACCACUUCAGGACGUGCACCUAUCAACUAUCUACCGACAUGAAGCUCCUUUUUAUCAACUAUCCUUCAACUGAAUUUUCAAUGCCUUUUACUCGAAGCAUCCUUACUCUAUCCUAGACCAAACACUUCCAAAGUAGUUAAAAAAAAAAGACCUUCCCUUUAUUUUUCAUUAAUAUUUGUUUGUUUUAUUGACGAAACAUAUUUCCUGUAGAUAAACCUUCCAGUCCAAAUUUUUCUUCAAUGGCGAGGCCACAAUGUAAGUUUUGUGUCCCCUUUUCUGGAAGGCUGCAUGUUUGUUUUGUAUUCAGUGUUGAAAUAAAACUGUGCUAAGAAUUUUAAAAUAUAUAUAAAUAACCACCUUGCUAUCAUCCAUGUUAUUUGUUUGUGUAAUCAAGAUUUAUAAUUAUUCUUUGUUGGUGACUUGUACGUCACAUUUGAAGUGAAUGUGCUGAUACAUUUUUAUUGUUUAAUAUUACUCUAUGUAAACACUGUUUGCUCUCCAAGCUCAUUAAAUGACAUAACUUUUGUUGUUUUACACCGUGACUUUGUAAAACAUUGAUGGUGAGUCCUAUUUUGUUGUACUAUACUGUAUUUCACCGACAACUGAGGGAGUAAUGGAUUGGGCUAUCAGACCAUAUAUAAGCAUUGUCUUGGUACGAUGGGUCUGGUAUAUGUGUCUAUGUAUGUUUAUAGACUUAUGCAUACAUAGACACACACACACACGAUAUAUUUAAGUAGAGUAGAAUAUACCAGUCAUCUCUCUUGUUUACAAAGGAUCAUGUGUCUGGGGUUAAUGUGGAUAUAAGUGGAACUCAGCUUUUUCAUCACACGCUUGUGUUUGUGUAGUUGCAAAACAAGGCUCAUUCAUGGGGGAUAGUUUGUUGUCAUGUACUUUAGUGCCUAUUCAGUGUAUUGAGUGUCUGCUUACAAUUAGUCAGCACUUAUUUUUUUCACUCCAAGAACAGCCAAGUAAAAACUCGGUUAAGCCCUUUAUAGUUUGCAUUUCUGCUGUAUGGAUGAGUUGAUUCAAAAUCAACCUUUUUGUCUCUUCAUAUCUGAAGUUACUUUGUUCCUCUUUGAACUGAUCAAAAUAUGUAAACAUCACAGAUAUAUAGAUAAUGAAUUUCAUUGCAUAUCAUAGCUUCGAUGAGUCUUAAGAAAUGUUUAUAUUUAUAUAUCAUAUAGAUAAGAGAAAUCCUGUGAAGUCCGACCUCAAGGGGCACCUGCAAGGGCCAAUGACCGUCGAAAGUUGAAUCGAAGAGCCAACCAUUGAUGAUUCUCUCUUGCUUCCCUCCCGGAGCUUCUCUCAGUUGCCGGAUCGUUCUCUUUGUCGUCACCUUCCCGAAUGAACUUUGCAUUUUUCCAGCCAAACUGAUUUUCUCGCAGAGCAUUGUGAACUGUGUUGUAAAAUGUCCCAUUGAUGGCAUGUUAAAAAAUUUAAAAGAAAUAAAUCCUAUCGUUUUGC